UCCCACAGACUGCACGCUACACCUCCGCGAGAGCACAGUCGCAGCACAGAAAAAAAAACAACGAGGCAUUUUUCGGACUUAAAUUUUGAUUUUCAAAGCCUGAUUCGCCAUUUUUUUUAUUCCUACCAGAAGUGUCAAGACAGAUGCGAGCGUUUUCAUUGGAUUUGCCUCCUCCUGUCGAAUAAUAGCGAUGCGCCUCUCCGGCUGACUGUGGGUGGACACCGCAGGUCCCCCAUGUGAGAUCUGCCAAGCUGCGAGGCGCCACUGACGGAACCUCAGCCAGGCCUUAGGACAGACAUCCCAAACAUCCACAGCCACAGAAUGUGUCAACAUAUUUGCGGUGAAAUCCCGCUGACUCCUCGCUUGCUCCUCAUAUAAGCCGGGAGCUCGGCCUUCUGGGAUCCUACAGUGUUUAAAGGCAUACAACAAUGCCUGGGGGGCCCACCUGCCCCAGAUUGCCUGCAAACAUGGAUGCUGUUACACCACAGUGCUGACUUUGCCCACUACAGAAAGGGGUCACAUCUGGUCAGUGCAUCCCCCCCCCCCCCCUUCCCUGCAGACUCACUUUCCAUUGCCUUCUUUUUGGUACUUAGGAAGUCCAUUACACCGUCAGCCAGAUGACCUAGUGGACACUAGUUUCCCAGUAGCAGUGCUGAACCAUACGAGUGGAUCAUAGUAUUGAACAUGACUCAUGGGGAGGAGCCUGGCCCUGAGACACACAAGGAUUCAGCUGUUCUAACUUAUCUGGAAGGUUUACUGAUGCAUCCAGUGGUAGCCGGGCCUGGGGCCACGGCGAGCGGGAGAUCGGAGGCUGCCCACAGCAACCAGGAGCAGGGCGACAAGGUAGGCGGGCCUUUCCAACUGCCCAACCAUGGCCCCACCGCCCCUAAGGCUGGAACCAAUGGGCCUACGCUAGGUUCUUCGCAGAACCUGAAAAAGGCCCGCCUACUGCGCUCUGCAGCCUGGAAUGAUCCAGGGACCCAGCGGAUGAGCUCACCCCCAAUGGAGCUGAAUGGCCAAGGGGGAGUCUUGCAGAAUGGAGGGCUAGAGGGAUCUCCUCAUGCUGGGGAGAGCACCCUGUUGGCUUCACUGCUUCAGUCGUUCAGCUCACGGCUUCAGAGUGUGGCAAUGUCUCAGCACUCCACUAAACCCCCCAGUGAGUGUUCCUCUCCCUCCAAGGCCCCACCUGCAGACAAAGAGCCCCGUCCUGUGUAUGGGACUGCCUCGAGCCGCUUAAAGGGCCUAAUGCGGAAGAGUAAACUUCAAAACCACAGCAUCACACCCUACAGUCGCCGGGGACACAGCCAGGACCGCCCACCAGAAUCCCCUCGGUCAGUGCACAGUGCCACGCCCCCCUCUGCUCCUACAACUGCAGAGUCAGUGUCCUGUGCCGACCGUCUGAAGGCGGUAGCCAACAUGGUGAAAAUCCGUUCUAGUCCAGCACCUUCACCCAAGCCCAGUGUGGCCUGUAGUCAGCUGGCCCUGCUGCUGUCCAGUGAGGCCCAUCUGCAGCAGUACUCCAGAGAGCACGCACUUAAAGCCCAGCUCUCAGGGAGAUCUGCCAGCGAGAGACUAGCUGCCAUGGCAAACCAGCAGCUAGGCCCAGACAACAGACCACCUAGUGUGGGGGGAAGUCUGCCCAGUACCCCAGAUACACUAAAACCCAUUACAACGCAAAAUGGAAUGACGGCAACAACCACAAUGACAACAACACUCCCACGGACGGCCCUGUCCAGUCCUCAGGGCCCCUCUUUGCUGCGUGGCCAAAGCUCCCCACCCACUCCCCCAAAGGCUCCAACCCCAACUCACAGCCAAACACCUAGGGAGAAGCGUGGCUUUGACUCCCGUCCAAGUCGCCCCCCCCAGACAUGCAGCAGCUUGCUCCUGCUGCUGCUCAACAACCACAACAACCAGAAACAGCUGACCAAGAACGGUCACCUUGAGGACAGCUGCGGCAUGCUGCCAGCGAGCGGCUCCUCUUCAGUCACAUCGGACAGCGAGUGCUCCAUCCAGGAGAGGAGUCUGACGAAAGAUAGCAGCGAUGCAGAGAGUUCCUACUCCAGCUGCUCUCCCAUUGACCUCUCCAUGAGAAGCCGGGCCAAAACACAUUACCCAGGGCCCAACACCUCUGUCCCCUCUUCCUCCCUUUCCUCUUUCUCCUCUGCCCUCUCUUCUUCCAGGACAGUAUUCUCCUCCCCCCCAGUGGCAUUUUCUCCUCAAACUUCCGCUCAACCUUCCGCCACCUUCUCACCAUCCUCUACUGCUGUGUCCUCUGUUUCCAUGGCUAAUUCUUCCUCUUCCUCCUCCUGUAUCUCUACCUCCUCCCUAGACAAACUAACAGAAUCUUUAUUAAACAAGUGGAAGCCAGACCCAUCAGGCCCAAAUGUGUGCAAGAACAAGGAGCCUGAGAUGAGCCCAGACCUAAAGUCACACUCUAAGGUCACACUCAUGCAGCUUCUUCUUGAGCGCAGAAACAAUGAGAUGGGGAAAAUAAACAAAGGUCACCCGGAGUUGCCACUUGAUAUCACUAUGGCCACCAUGUCUCGAGGCCAACCAACGGGGCUCGUGGCCUGGGAGGAGACCAGGACAAAGAGCCCCCUAGAUAGAUCUGAAGCCCCAGCCCAGCCCCUCUACUCACUUAACCGUGACCCUAGUGGUGCACUGUCCCCUUACUCUUACCCCUCCCCCCAUGUCCAGUCUAGCCCAUUGGAUUUGUGUAAGUCUAAACCCUUCCCUGCUGAGAAGACUUCAGAGCCUGCCUUCAGUGCCAGUAAACUGUUACAAAAUCUGGCUCAGUGUGGCACAGCGUCUUCCUCCCCACCCAUCCCCUCCAGCAAAGGGCUGGUUCAGGAGCAUGAUGCCAGCAGACCCCUCGCCUUAUUAGAAAGGCUCAAUGCUCCAAUCAACAGGACCGCCACCACUCCAUUCUCUGACGGACCCUCAGGCAGCGGCACACCUUACAGUCAGAAGGAAGCCUCUCCUCCUUCGUCACAGAUCGAGAACCUUCUAGAGAGGCGCACUGUGCUGCAGCUCCUUCUGGGAACAGGCUCCAGUACUGCUACAGUCAGCCGCAAAGAUAGGUCUGGUGGCAGUGGCCGGAGGAGUGUCGAGGUUUCAGGGGGGUGCUACGAGAAGAGCCCUGGAGCCCCCCUCACCUACGACAGCUCCAAUGGAACCCCUUUGGACGUAAAGGUCAAGACUGAGUUCAUGGAGGAUGUGAGACCGUCCUCGGCCAGGUCUGAGGACUCAAGUGGCCGAAAGAGACAUAGCGGCUCUGAGAAGAAUAGCCCCCUCUCAAAUUCUCAGCAGGACUUAAAAAUAGAACCACGGCCUGCAGAGGUCAUUGCAAAGUACGGCCUGCUCAGCCAGCUGCUAAAACAACAGACUGCUACCUACUACACCAGCUCUGCUGUGCAGGCCGAGCCCAGGCAGGUCAAAGAGGAACAGAGGGAGUACCCGAGCCCCAGUCCUAAGAAGAGACGCCUCUGCUCUGACCGGACUGACAGUUUGAAUAAUACCAUCUCUCCAAGAGCAGUGGACAGUGGCGACAGAAACAUGUUUGCAUCUUAUGCUGUUCAGGAAGAGCUUGACCAUCAGAGGAGUGUGAAGGAAGAGGAGGCUCCACCGAGCGAAACCUUCACCAGGGAGAGUCGGGGCUUCAACGUGCUCAAACAGCUGCUGCUCUCAGACAACUGCCUGAAGGAGCUGUCCCAGCAGCCCCGGGGGACCCCCAGCCCUUCUGUCCUGCAGGGCAACAGCAAGGCUAACGGCGGCAUUCUCAGUCAGCCUGCCCACAAUCACAGCUUCCUCCACCUGCCCGGCUGGCCCCCCCAUGGUUCCCUCAACUCAGGGCUUCCGAGUAAUCUGAGACCACUGCCCACCCCCCCUGCAGGCGACAGCCCUGUCCACACCCCCUGGAGCCACCACCCAGCUCCAUGGCCAGUCACUCAAAUGCGGGACCACCCUACUCUAGUCAAGCAGGAGCCCGAGAGCCUUGCACGAUGGAGCAGUCAGGAGAAUGAGGAGGAGGAGGAGGAGGAGAGAUGUGACUCAAACCUGGACUCUCCCCGGCUCUCACGGUCUAACCCCAUCCUGUACUACAUGCUGCAGAAGGGCAGCAUCCAGCUGAGGAAGGAGCUGCAGGAUCAGGCGGAGGGAACCCCGUCUGUGGUCCGAGUCAAAGAAGAGCCAAUCAGUGACUUGCAUGCAUAUGAACACAGUAUGAGCUCUAUUCCGCAAUCAGCCAACCACAAUGACAAGCACAGCCAUGAGAGCCAGGGGCUGAGCCAAUCAUAUGAGUAGAAGUUGUAUCAACUACAAAAAAAUACAAAGCGGAAUCAAAUUCACUGACUUUACUCCCCCCCCCCUCCCUUUUUUUUCUUUUGAAUGACUUGCCAAAUUAGUUUGAUGGAACAAAUAACGAAGAAUACAAAAACUGUUUUUUUAUAAGGUGUAACAGAACAAGUUUGAAUUCAUAUACUUGCAUUGGUUUCUCAAUUUUAAAUACUGAGGUCAUGGAAUGGUACAAAACAGGUCUAUCUUAGCAACAUGUAGAAUUGAUUCAACCAAAACUACUGUCUAACUCACAACCUUUCCCAUCAGUGAUUAUCAUGCACCACAUAUUUCAUUUAGUCAAUGAACAAGUACUCCUUUACAAUUUGGCCCUGUUUGACUUUUCAUUUGUAUCUGAAUUGUAAACAUAUCAAUGUUCCAUGUCCCCUUUGUUGCCUGACAUACACUGCAACACAUUUAGAAAGAACAUUUCAAGCAACAUUUAUUAUUGAUGACACCGGAAAUGUUAGCGCUCAGCACAGUGGACAUGUAUUUAUUUACUCCAUCAGAACAUUUUCAGAUAGACAGAGACCCAUCCAUUUUAGAUAAGAUUCCAAAUAAAGUCAUUCUAGGGCAGACACAGCGGUCUAUUACAACAAUGUACAUGAUCAAUUCAUCCAGAGGAGGACCUUGAAACACACUGCAGUAGUGAGGAUCCUACCAUGAUGGAUGCUUUGUCUUGGUUUUUCUCAAGAUUCAGUGUGGCAUGAUUACCAAUAAAGGGGGAAUAUGUUAAUGGAGGUUUGAUAGUCACAAUUCAGUGAGUUAUGCUUUCAUUUGAAUGGAACUUUUAAGGGCAAUAUUCGACAGUGCAAACUCAGGGUGUGAAGAUUGUGUUUGCAGAUUUGAGCAGAUGGGUUGAAGUGUGUGUAGUGCUUACGGUUGAGCAACUGUGUAAAAUAGGUUUCUAGAGCAACAGUUAACAGGCUGCAGUGUCUGAGAAACACAUCUCACCUUCCUGGGUAAACCUACACCAGUUUCCUUCAUGCACACAACAAGUGUAAAGCACAUGGCUUUUUCUUUUCUCUUCAUACAAAGCACCACCUCAAGUUUGCACUAUCGAAGUCCCCGUGUUCUUUAAGAAUAAUUUAAUGGCAUGUAAUUAAAAAAAAAAGUCAGUAUUGUGAUCUGUUGAGAAUUUGACAGUUUGUGAUUUUUUUUCAUCAUUUUUUAACUGUUGUGGUUUUCUUUUUUCUUUUCGUGGCAGUCUCUCAACUCACAAAAGAAUUGCAUGAUAACUAAGAGAAGACCACAGGUACAUCUUUGUUUUCUAAACAGCUGGAUAUGUGUACCUGGCCCCGAUCAUCACUGCAGCAUUUGGCUGUCUGGAGGGAUAUCUGGUAUCUUGUACUGUAUUCUUUUCAGUUAACGUCAGACACGGCUUGAUUCAUUUAGUCUUGUGAUCCUUUUAUUACAUAUACCUAUGAAGUACGCCUCUUCAAUUAUCAAUACAUUUUCACAAUGGUUAAAUAUAUUUGUGUAAAUAGUACUUUCAGUAUGAAAGAUGACUAUUUUGUAAUGUUUAAGAAAAGAUAAUACCCUAGUUUUUAAUGCCCUGAUAUGUAAAUAUGAAUUAUAUGCGUACAAGUGUACAUACAAAGGCAGAGGAUGCUAUGCCCAUCUUUUUUGGUUGGUUUGUUCUUUGCAUGUGUCUCUAUGUGGUUAUGAUAAUCUAUCCUGCGCUGUGUUGUGUAAUAAUGUCUGACUCUCCUCACUGCUGCCUGUUGCAUGCAGACGCAUGGGAACUACCUGUGUAUCCCUACUGGUGAAGGGGGAAAAUGUCAAGUCUUAAAAUAGGUCUUUUUUAUCACAGAGAGGUUCGUUUAGAAUAUGAACAGUCCCUAAAUAACCACAGACUGUUGAGCAAGAUGAUUAAAUUGUGUGAAAAAUAAACGUGCAUUGAAUAUUUUUGUGAUUUUCUUUUUCUGUUACUGGUUAACAAAGCUCUGGGAGAGAGCUCGGGGCUAUAGCGGGGGAUUGACGUACAAUCAUAGAUCUGCAUUGUGCAUCUGAGAAAUACAUUUGUAGCAGCGAAUAUAAAAAAAAGAUGUUUCAUUUUUUUCAUGUGAAGACUUGAAACAUUAUUUCAUUUUUUUAUGUUUUCAUUUUUGGUGUUCAUUUGCACUGAUAUCUCAAAAAUAAAGUACUAAAAUGCA